AGGUUAUUUUUUUUCUCAAGGCACGUCAAAUUUUUACUUUAAUUUAUUAAAAAUCUUAAUAAUUGUCAUGAUUUUAUUUCAGCACGAGUUAUAUUUGUUUAAUUUGUUUUUUCUGCUCUAAAUAAUUAUACAGUAAUAUACCAAGUAAUAUAUAAAACAAGGAAAUUAUAACCUAAGAAGAAAUGUCGGGCUUUAAAUUUAAUUUUUCAAACAGCGAGAGGGGUGAUGAAAACAACAUGAAAGACACUAACGACCUUCCAAAACACUGGCUAGAAUGUGCUCAAGUAUUCCCAGACAACGAAGACAAAAUCUUAGUAAGAGAUAUGUUUAAAGAAUGCGAAAUCAACACAUUACAAGUAAAGAACAUUAUUAUCAAGCAUUUUCUUACAGUAGAUGUGUUUAACGUUCUACGUACAAGUGAUAGUGAUUCAACUAAAGACUUGUCUGUAUUAUGCGCAGAUUGUAACCAUUCGGAUCUUCAAGCUGCUGUUUAUGAAGGCGGCCUUAAAAUAUGGGAAUGUACUUAUGAUCUAGUAAAUUAUAUAGCGGAAACUGAGUUAGAAUUAGAAGAAAAACAUGUUCUGGACUUGGGAUGUGGAGCUGGUCUAAUAGGACUGAUCUGUCUGGAAAAUGGAGCUUCAUGUGUAUUUCAGGAUUAUAAUAUUGAAGUGCUACAGUAUAUAACGAUACCAAACAUAAUUCUUAACAAUGAAGAAUAUGUUAAAAAAUGUAGAUUUUACUCAGGUGAUUGGCAGUACUUUUCUGAAACCAUUAAAGACCAGAAAAAGUUUGAUUAUAUUUUUACCUCAGAAACGAUAUAUAACACAGAGAAUUACAGUAAAUUACAUGAUGUAUUUGAAAGGUUAUUAAAUGAAGAUGGUGAAAUAUAUCUUGCAGCAAAAUCACACUAUUUUGGCGUUGGAGGAGGUAUAACUUUAUUCAAAGAAUACAUUUCCAAAAGGAAUAUAUUUCAAGCAACCUCAUGUUGGAAGCACUCGGAAGGUGUAACCCGAGAAAUUCUUAGAUUACAGUUUUUGAAGCAUAAAAAAGAGGACCAUUAAAAAUAUAUUUUAUUAAAAUAAUAUUGUAAGA